CAAAUGCCACCGCUGAGUAAUGAAAUAAAUUAAAUAUAUCUCUUUUAAAUUCAUUACCUUUCCGGGAAAAAUUCUCCGAUUCUCUCUCGUUUUCUCGGACUCUUGAAUUUCCUAUAUUUCUCGAACUUGUUAUAAUCGAUCGGAGAGAGCGAGCGAGAGAGAGACAGUGUUCACUGAUCUGCCACGUUCUCCCACAUCGAGACAGGAAUCUUAAGAUUCGAAUUGCAGAAAGGGUUGUACAGUCUAUUUUGCUUGUUAAUAGAAUACUGGAAUCUAGGGUUUAUCGAAUCGUUUGUUUUUGUUCCUUUCUUCGGUCUCUAGUUCGUAGAGCUCAUCGAUUAGUCAGAGCCGCUUUUCUGAAUCUCUGUGGGGUUUCGCUACUUUAGAAAAUCUGAGAAUUCUGUGGUGAAGUUACCAAAUUCAACGUUUUCGAAAUUGAUUGCAAGAGGUUGGGUUUCGCGUUUGUGGAUUUUGCGAUCGGCAUCUCUGGAAUUUGGGGGUUUUGUGGUUAUCUUCUUUAGUUUCGGAUCAUGGAUAUUGAUGGUGGAAACGAUGUUCAUAUUUUGGAUCCUGAGCUCUUGCAGCUUCCUGGUUUGUCUCCUUUAUCGGUUAAAUCAAACCCUCAUAUUGCUGAAGAACUCUUCUCCCAGUGGCUUUCACUCCCUGAAACUGGCCGAUUGGUCAAGUCUUUGAUUGAUGAUACUAAAUCUAGUACCCCAGUCAGUGUAUCCAAGAACUGUGCCAAUCUCAACAUUUCUUGCGGAAGUGCAUUGCCAUCUGUGUUUCUGAACAGCGGCACUCCCCCACUAUCCCCACGAAGUUCUUCUGGGUCUCCUCGUUUCUCGAGGCAAAAGACGAGCCCUUCUUCUCUGCAGUCUCCUCUGAAAUCAGUCAGGGAACCAAAGCGCCAACUUAUUCCUCAGUUUUACUUCCAACAUGGGCGUCCACCUGCGAAAGAACUGAAGGAGCAAUGUGUAUCUAUGGUUGAUCAUUUGUUUAGUAACUAUAUUGAUGGACUUCGAAUGGAUGGUAAUGUUUCAGUUCAAACUUUUCUACAUCAGUUUCGUUCUGUAAGGAAUAGGGAUGCAUUUAUCAAGUAUUGGGUUGAUGGACAUGUGUUGGCAAUGGACGUAGCCUCACAGAUAUAUAAUAUUCUAAGACAGACAGGCUGCAAGUACCUCAGACAGGCUGACUUCAAACCAGUUCUUGAUGAGCUUCUGGUAUCUCAUCCUGGCUUGGAAUUUCUGAGGAAUACACCUGAAUUUCAAGAAAGAUAUGCUGAGACUGUCAUCUACAGAAUAUUUUACUACAUAAACAGAUCAGGAACUGGUUGCAUUACUCUUAGAGAGCUGAAGCGUGGGAAUCUUAUUGCUGCCAUGCAACAAGUUGAUGAAGAAGACGACAUCAAUAAAGUUAUUAGGUACUUCUCAUAUGAGCAUUUCUACGUUAUAUACUGCAGAUUUUGGGAACUCGAUGGCGACCAUGAUUUCCUUAUUGAUAAGGAAAAUCUCAUCAAGUAUGGUAAUCAUGCCCUUACUUACAGGAUUGUGGAGAGAAUAUUUUCACAGGUCCCUAGGAAAUUUACGAGCAAAGUGGAGGGGAAGAUGAGUUAUGAAGAUUUUGCAUACUUCAUUCUCGCCGAGGAGGAUAAGUCAUCUGAGUCUAGUCUCGAGUAUUGGUUCAAGUGCAUAGACCUGGAUGGAGAUGGGGUGAUCACUCCGAACGAAAUGCAGUUUUUCUAUGAAGAGCAGCUGCAUCGCAUGGAAUGCAUAACCCAGGAACCUGUACUCUUUGAGGAUAUCCUAUGCCAAAUAUUCGACAUGAUUAAACCAGAGGCAAGAGUUCUUUCAAAUCCCAACAUUAAGGAGAACUGCAUCACACUCCAGGACCUGAAAGCAUCUAAACUCUCUGGAAAUGUUUUCAAUAUACUCUUCAACCUGAACAAAUUCAUGGCCUUUGAAACCCGUGACCCUUUUCUCAUUCGCCAGGAACGCGAGAAUCCAACAUUGACAGAAUGGGACAGAUUUGCUCAGAGAGAGUAUGUGAGGUUAUCAAUGGAAGAAGAUGUGGAGGAAGUCUCGAAUGGGAGUGCAGAUGUUUGGGAUGAACCACUCGAAUCUCCAUUUUAAGUGACUUUAUCAUAAGAGGUUCUCUGAGAAGGAGAAGAAGAAGAAGAAGGUUGGAUCGUCUUGGCCGGUAACAGCGUCGGAAAUAGUUCUCAGACAACAACGAAAGCUGAUGAGACUGGUCUCUGAGAAAAGUGUCAUUUCCGUGAAAUGUUAUGUCUUUUUGCGUAGGUCUUUUCUAGGUUGGACUCUCUUUUCAAUCUAUGUACAUUAUAUAUUUACUUCUGUUUUAUAGUGUUUUUGUGGGGGAACCAAACAACAACGGUUUUAUAAAAUUAAAAUCGAAAGAACUUUGUACAAAGAUACUUUUUGUUGGGGAAGAAAGGUACAAAAUCUUUGAACUUUGUUUUACAUGUUCAUGUCUUUUACUUAGUUGCUUAUGCGGAUAAUUAUGCAGCAAUUUUGUGUAUAGCAUGUUAACAUGAUGAUAUCAAUUAUUUAAGAGACCUUAUGCCAA